GCCCCGCCCUCUUGCCCGUGUUGGUGGUACCCCGCGUCGCCCUCCGUCGUCUCAGCGUAUGUUGUGCAUGUGAAGAGAGAGAGGAAGAGGGUGACGAGCGAGAAAAAAGCUAGUAGAGUGAUAGCUUGACAAGACGCAUUGAAGCGAAGGCCACGCAUACCAAAGCAACCUCACCAUCGCUCGCAAGCUACUCGAUCAAGGACAUUAUUGUCGCAACGAGCUAGCAAGAAUAAUCCGCGUUAGUUUCGCGAAGCGGUGGUACAUAUGGCUCGCAUCCUCGUGCUGGCUCUGCUCACCAUCGCGAGCCUCCUCCUGCCGCCGGUCGUCGCGAGCCAGCAGGCGGCGGCCAAGUGCGAGUACAGAAAGCACUCCGGCCACCGGUACAGGCACCCGGUGGGCGUGCGGAAGAUCGUGGUGGACGCGGGCGGCGCCGGCGACUUCGUCUCCAUCCAGCGCGCCGUCGACUCCGUGCCGGAGGGCAACACCGUGCGCGUCAUCGUGCAGAUCAACGCCGGCACGUACAUAGAGAAGGUGGUAGUGCCGGCGUCGAAGCCGUACGUCACGUUCCAGGGCGCCGGGCGCGACGUGACGGUGGUGGAGUGGCACGACCGGGCCAGCGACCGCGGCCCCGACGGGCAGCCGCUCCGCACCUACAACACCGCCUCAGUAACCAUCCUAGCUAACUAUUUCAACGCUAAGAACAUCAGCUUCAAGAACACAGCUCCGGCGCCGAUGCCCGGCACGCAAGGAGGGCAGGCGGUGGCGUUCCGCAUCUCCGGCGACAAGGCCUUCUUCUUCGGCUGCGGGUUCUACGGCGCGCAGGACACGCUGUGCGACGACGCCGGCCGGCACUACUUCCGCGACUGCUACAUCGAGGGCUCCAUCGACUUCGUCUUCGGCAACGCCCGCUCCCUCUACAAGGACUGCGAGCUGCACUCGACGGCGCAGCGGUUCGGCUCGGUGGCGGCGCACGGGCGGCGCGACCCGUGCGAGCGCACCGGCUUCGCCUUCGUCAACUGCCGGGUGACCGGCACGGGGCGGCUCUACGUGGGGCGGGCCAUGGGGCAGUACUCGCGCAUCGUCUACGCCUACACCUACUUCGACAGCGUCAUCGCGCCAGGCGGCUGGGAUGACUGGGACCACACCAGCAACAAGAGCAUGACGGCGUUCUUCGGGAUGUACAGGAACUGGGGCCCCGGCGUCGACGCCGUGCACGGCGUCUCCUGGGCGCGAGAGCUCGACUACUUCGCCGCCCGCCCUUUCCUCGGCAAGAGCUUCGUCAACGGAUACCACUGGCUCACACCUGAUGUCUGAAAAACACACAAACACACGCGCGAGAGUCAGGAGACACAUCGAUUACAGCAAACCAGAUUAAUUUAUUCGUACAGCAUAAAGACAGAAUAAGACACCAUUUACAAGCCACUGAAUAUGUAUAGUGAUCCACUGGCGCAGAAGUCAGAUUCAAGAUUCAUUUCGUCUAUAAAAAAUAGUUUCCAAAACUUCGUCAUGUGCAGUGUAAACUAGACAGUGAGCAGUGAGUCUGUUAUGUCUCUGCAUAGGAGACCUUGGAUGUGCAAUUCAAGUUGUUCCAUUAUGUUUGAAUCUGCAAAGGAGCAUGGACACAAAGUUUGUGAA